AUGGCCAAAGGCAACACAACUGAUGAACUGAUUCGCACAAUUGAGUAUGUGUGUGAAGCCGUUGAGAUUUCCCUGCCACCUGCUAGCGGCAUCAUGGUUCUCAUCAAGCCCGGGACCACACCGCUGCCACUGAAACCCUGUUACAUCCUCAUGCUCAGAAGGCAAAUCAGCAUGUUGACCAUCAAACCCGGCGAGAGAGUUGUCUUUUCCUUUAGCUGCCCAGACCCCAAGAAUCACUUUGUCAUCGACAUCCAGAAGAAUAUCGAUUGCAUGUCAGGCCCAUGUCCUUUUGGGGAAGUGCAGCUUCAACCCCCCACCUCGACCCUGCCCACCCUCAACAGAACGUUCAUCUGGGACGUGAAAGCUCAUAAGAGGAUCGGCCUGGAGCUACAGUUCUCCCUUCCUCGCCUGCGGCAGAUCGGACCUGGGGAAAGGUGUCCGGACGGAGUCACCCAUUCCAUCAGCGGUCGCAUCGAUGCCACUGCCGUCAGCAUCGGGACCUUCUGCAGCAACGGCACCGUGUCCCGGAUCAAGAUGCAAGAGGGGGUGAAGAUGGCUCUACACCUACCCUGGUUCGUCGACAGAAACGUCUCUGGCUUCAGCAUCGCCAACCGGUCGUCGAUAAAACGACUUUGCAUCAUUGAAUCGGUGUUUGAGGGUGAAGGCUCAGCAACACUGAUGUCCGCCAACUACCCAGAGGGCUUCCCCGAGGACGAGCUCAUGACCUGGCAGUUCAUCAUCCCUGCUCACCUCCGGGCCAGCGUCUCCUUCCUCCAGUUCAAUGUCUCUAACUGCGAGAAGAAGGAGGAGCGGGUGGAGUACUACAUCCCCGGCUCUACCACCAACCCGGAAGUGUUCAAGCUGCAGGACAAACAACCCGGGAACAUGGCAGGGAACUUCAACCUCUCUCUGCAGGGCUGUGACCAGGAUGCCCAGAACCCAGGGAUCCUCCGGCUUCAAUUCCAGGUUUUGGUCCAACACCCACAAAAUGAAAGCAAUAAGACCUACCUGGUCGACCUGAGCAACGAGCGAACCAUGUCGGUCACCAUCGAGCCGCGGCCCAUCAGACUGAGCCGCAAGUUUGUCCCUGGCUGCUUCGUGUGUCUGGAGUCCCGGACCUGCGGCACCAACAUCACCCUGACCCCAGGCUCUAAACACAAGAUCUCCUUCUUGUGCGAUAACCUGACCCGCCUGUGGAUGAAUGCCGAGAAGACCCUAAGCUGCUUGGACCACCGGUACUGCUCCAGGAAGUCCUACUCACUCCAGGUGCCUUGGGACAUUCUCCAGCUGCCUGUACAGCUGCAUGACUUCUCCUGGAAGCUGCAGGUGCCUGAGGACAAGCUCAGCCUGGCACUGGUACCGACCCAGAAGCUACAGCAGUACACGCAUGAGCGGCCCUGCAACACUAGCUUCAGCUACUUCGUCACUAGUACCGCCCCUGGUCAGAAUCUGCAUUUUGGUUCCUUCUGCUCCGGAGGCUCCAUCGAGCAGAUCCAGGUGAAGCAGAACAUCUCCGUGACCUUCCGCACCUUUGCCCCCACCUUCCAGCAAGAGGCGCUUAGGCAGAGCCUGACCGUGUCCUUUAUCCCAUACCUCAAAGAUGAGGGUGUUAUCACGGUGACCCCAGACACGAAAAGCAAGGUCUACCUGAGGACCCCUAACUGGGACCGGGGCAUGCCGCCCCUAACCUCAGUGUCCUGGAACAUCAGCGUGCCCCGGGACCAGAUGGCGUGCCUGACUUUCCUCAAGGAGCGGAGCGGAGUGGUGUGCCAGACAGGGCGCACCUUCAUGAUCAUCCAGGAGCAGCAGACCCAUGUUGAGGAGAUCUUCAACCUAGAGGUGGACGCGUUCCCCAAGCCUAGCUGCUACCAUCGCAGCUUCUGGGUCAACAUCUCCAACUGCAGCCCUGUGAGCGGCAAACAGCUGGACCUGCACUUCUGGGUGACGCUCACCCCGAGAACCAUGAACCUGAUGAUUGUCAUCUUCACUGUGGUGGGAAGUGGCGCCUUAUUGCUGUUAACCCUUGGACUCGUCAUUUGCUGUGUGAAAAAGAACAGGAAAAAGAAGAUACACAAGGGUCCAGCUGUUGGGGUCUACAACGGCCACGUCAAUACCCAGAUGCCAAUGCAGCCCAAAAAGUUUCCAAAAGGGCGGAAGGACAACGACUCCCACGUGUACGCGGUCAUCGAGGACACCAUGGUGUAUGGGCACCUGCUCCAGGAGUCCAACGGCUCCUUCCGCCAGGCAGAGGUGGACACCUACCAGCCCUUCCAGGGCCCCAUGGGAAGCUGCCCUCCCUCCCCACCCCCCUCAGUCUCCAGGGCCCCGACGAAAAAGUUGACCCCAGAUGAGCUAUCCCCUGAGUCUGAGAGCGAACCUUAUACCUUCUCCCACCCCAACAAUGUGGAGGCAAACACGGGGACCACAAACAUUCCCUUGCUGGAUACCCAGGGGCCCGAGGAGCCCACACGAUAA